AUGGAGGGUGGCGAAGAAGAAGUUAUGGAGGGUGGCGAAGAAGAAGUUAUGGAUGGAGAGCGAGGAGGGAAACGCGAUUGUUGGGUCAAGAAGAUAUCAGCUUAUGCUCUUGGGAAGACAACCUCUAUAUUGUGUGUGAACAAAUUCCACAAUGAACACAUACACUCUGUUCAAGACAACCUCCUAUUAAAGCAAAAGGCUAACUCAAGAUUGACAUCAUCAAUCAUCAUUGAUGCUGUGAGGGGGAAUGUGGAGAAAACUUCAAAUGAGAUUAGACAAGACCUCUACAAAGAGUAUGGGUUAAAUCUCACAUAUCGGCAAGCUUUGAGGGGAAAAGAUAGAGCAUUGGAGGAAAUACAUGGGCUUCCACAAAAGUCAUACAUGUUGAUUCCAUGGCUUUAUGAGAAAUUGAAGGAGACGGACCCAGACACAGUUGCAAAAUGGGUUGCCUCGACAAAUUAUAGAUUUGAUAGACUUUUUAUUGCAUAUGGAUGCUGCAUCAAAGGGUUUCUCCAAGGUGCUCGUCCAAUUUUGUUUGUCGAUGAAAGUCAUUUAAGUGGUCCAUAUAAGGGGACUUUGCUAGCAGCUUCUGUAAUUGAUGCAAAUAAUGACUUAUUUCCUUUGGCUUAUGCAAUAGUGAGUGGAGAAACAUAUGAUAAUUGGGCUUGGUUUCUUGAAAAUGUAAGAGAGAUCACACACCAAGUUCAAUUGACCAUAGUGUCAGACAGGCAUAAUGCUAUUAUUGGCGCAGUGCAUGCAAUAUUUGAUGGCAAUCGACAUGCUUUUUGUUAUUGUCAUGUCAAAGAAAAUUAUAGCUCAGAAUUUACAAAAAUUAAUAGAGGCAUGCGAAGGAUUGAUGGGAUGACCAAGGAAGAUGCACUUAAGUUGUUGGAUAAUAUUGCAUAUGCAAGGUUGGAAACAGAAUUUCAUGUUGCUAUGGGUCAUUUGAUGGUUUUAACCCUACAGUUGGUAAGAUAG